GCUUUGAUUGCUUUAGAAUUCAACUUUCCUGCGUCAUCUCAUUGGAUAUUUUAAGGGGUAGCUAGUCAAAGGUGUGCUCUGACUUGUCCCAUCAAAAUCAUCAUCCCCUCCUACCUGCCAUUUUACUCUGGAUCAUCUCCUCUCUUCUUGGUCCAAAAACCCUUCUUCUCCUCUUCCCUUUUGGAUAACAGAAAGAAGCAAGGUAGCUAGAGGCAGCAUGAGUGAAGUGAAUCACCAAAGAAUCAAAACCAACGGGAUAUGGAUGCACAUAGCGGAACAAGGGACGGGACCGCUUGUUCUCCUGCUUCAUGGCUUCCCAGAGUUAUGGUAUUCAUGGCGCCACCAGCUCAAUUACUUGGCACAACAAGGCUACCAUGCAGUUGCUCCUGACCUAAGAGGCUACGGCGAUUCUGACUCUCCCCUCAACCCCGAGUCCUACACCGCGUUUCACCUCGUCGGCGACCUUAUUGGGCUCCUUGACCAUUUCGUUGAACCCCAGGCAUUUGUAGUUGGACAUGAUUGGGGAGCAGUGGCUGGGUGGCAUCUGAGUCUGUUUAGGCCUGACAGAGUCAAGGGGUUCGUUGCCCUAUCGGUUCCAUACUUUCCAAGAUCUCCAACCAUCAAAACAGUGGAAGGUAUCGUUCAGAAAUUUGGGGAUCAGGUUCAUGUCUCCCAGUUUCAGAAACCUGGACGAGCAGAGAGAGCUUUUGCCAGAUACGAUUGUCUGACAGUGAUGAAGAAGAUAUUGCUCACUACGGCAGAGCAUCUAACACCUCCUGAAGGCAUGGAGCUUGUUGAUUUCUUGCCAACGCCAUCAGUUUUGCCUUCAUGGAUGAGUGAAGAGGAUCUAGAGGUUUUCGCUGACAAGUUUCUGGAAUCUGGUUUCACUGGCCCUCUCAAUUACUACCGGGCAAUGGACCUGACUUGGGAGCUUCUCGCACCAUGGCAAGACGCAAAGGUCACAGUUCCUACCAAGUUUAUAGUUGGAGACAAAGAUAUUGGUUUUGCUAGUGGCGGAACAAGAGAGUAUGUGCAAGGGGAAAUGUUCAGAAGCCUCGUCCCUGACCUUGAAGUGGUUAUCAUAGACGGCCACCAUUACAUCAAUCAAGAGAAAGCUCAACAAAUCUCCGAUGAAAUCCUUUCUUUCAUUCGUAAACAAUCUUUGCAGAGCAAUAUGUAGACUUCCCUGGAUUUGGGCUAAACGUGGCGGACAGAAUUCAUCAGUAUGUCUUAUCAUGUACAAUAAUUUAGUUUUGAUGGGUCUAGGUACAUUACAUAAUGUCAGUGGAAAGGUUCAUUAAGCUUGAAUUAA